AUGUCCCCAAUCUCUCCCAGGCCUACCGAGGAAUCUCCGUCAGUUGAAGGGACGAAAAUCGUCGAUGGUCACGGCCGCGAGGUUGUUCUUCGUGGUGCUGGGCUUGGAGGAUGGAUGAACAUGGAGAACUUCAUCUCUGGUUAUCCGGGCUGUGAGUUUCAAAUCCGAGAGGCACUGGCCGAAGUGCUAGGAACGGAGAAAUCGACGUUCUUCUUUGACAAGUUUCUUGAAUAUUUCUUUGGAGAGAAAGAUGCUGAAUUCUUCAAGUCUCUCGGUCUGAACUGUAUCCGGAUCGCGAUCAACUAUCGACACUUUGAAGAUGACGACAACCCUCGAGUCCUCAAGUCCGAAGGCUUCAAGCACCUCGAUCGCGUUGUCGAUGCUUGCGCAAAGCACGGGAUCUACACAAUUAUUGACCUCCACACAACUCCUGGAGGUCAAAACGGUGGGUGGCACUGUGACAGUGGUGUACACCUGGCGAACUUCUGGAGGCACAAAGACUUCCAAGACCGUGCUGUAUGGCUUUGGGAGGAACUUGCGAAGCAUUACAAGGAUAACGCGUGGAUCGCUGGAUAUAACCCGAUUAACGAGCCUGCCGACUCUCGCCACACACGCCUCGUCACGUUCUAUGAUCGUGUUCUGAAAGCAAUUCGUGAAAUAGACCCAAAUCAUAUUCUAUUUCUCGAUGGGAACACGUACGCAACAGACUUUACGCGUUUUCCGGAAGAUGUGAAGGAUCGUUGGCCGAAUUGCGCGUACGCGAUUCACGAUUAUAGCUUGUAUGGAUUUCCAGCGGCACCUGAGUCAUAUACGAGGACACCUGAGCAACAACGACGAAUGAGGCGGAGCUACGAGAAGAAACGUGAGUGGAUGGAUGCGAGAGGGCUUUGCGUGUGGAAUGGCGAGUGGGGUCCGGUUUAUGCACGAAGAGAAUAUGAAGGAGAUCAGACAGACGAGAUCAACGAGCACCGGUAUAUGGUUCUCAAGGAUCAGUUGGAUAUCUAUCAAAAGGAUAGCUUGAGCUGGUCAAUCUGGCUAUACAAGGACAUAGGAUUUCAAGGGAUGGUCUACGUCUCUCGAGACACAUCCUACAUGAAGCUAUUUGCACCUCUUCUCGAGAAGAAACAUAGACUUGCAAUUGACAGUUGGGGAGCUGACGAUACCAAUGUUAAGCACAUCUUCGACCCUCUCGUAGACCUGAUAAAGGACAACGUUAAAGGCAAACGCUAUCUCGAAACGUACCCAUUCCCUGUCUGGACAAUCGAGAAACGCACCGCAAGAUUCGCUCGGUCACUAUUGAUGGGAGAGAUAUUCGUCAAUGAAUAG